UCGAAAAAUUGCUAUAGAACAUGCUUUAUCGGUCUCUCUUUUUGUUUGACAUUCGUGUUUGUUAUUCCGACAAAAUUUUUAUUUUAUUCCUAAAGCUGCUUGAGUGUAAAAUUUUGUUAAUUUCUUUUAUAAAUCUUAUAAUAAUUCCACAAUGAGUGACGAGGAAAUCAUAAAACGCCGCUUACUAAUUGAUGGCGAUGGCACAGGCGAUGACCGGCGUCUAAAUAUGUUGCUUAAGCAAUUCCUCAAAUGGACCUUUUCCAAAAAUGAUUCUCCAGAAAACAAUCAAAUAAUAUACGAUCGACUGCUAGCACAAAUGGCGCAAUGUGAAUUUGCGGCAGCCAAAACAGAUUAUACGUCUAAAAUGAUACAGGAAGAGCUGAAAAACUACGCUAAGCUCUCCGAUUCCAUUGAAAAGAGCAUUGAAUUGGCUAGAAAUGAAAUUGAAGAAAGUAAACGUGAGCUUGUUUUAGCAAAACAGAUACGUAAAAACAAAAUGGAAUACGACAUGCUGGCAAAGGUGAUCAAGGAACAACCCGACCGCAAGGAUACUACCAAACAAAUAGAUACACUCAAGAAAGACCUGUCCGAAUUAAUGGAGAAGAAAAUAAAGUUGGAGCGUAAAUUUCAAAAGCGACGUAAUGAUUUUACAUUACUCAUGUAUUCGAUACGAGAACUACAAGCACAGUUGGAAGAUGAUAGUAGCAGUGAGAGUAGUGACGAUGAGGAAUUGAAUGGUUUAGACACAAUGGAUCUAAGUGAAGAUGAGGCAAUACCCGUACACGUUGAGAAAAAUAACAUAGAGUUAUUGGACGCAAAGUCUCUAAAAAAGGAUUCACCUACAGAUGAAAAUGGUUCGAAGGGAAAUAUGUCAGUGGACGAGGACGCUAUAUUAGAAUUAAGUAUUGAUAAAGACGAGAGUGAUGUAAAAAUGGAAGAAACUGUGACAGUUCCCUAGCAGUUAGAUUACCUCGUUAUUGAUUCUGAUUAAGUCGCCAUAAGCAAAGAUUAAAAAAUAAUUCACAUAAAAUUUCAAUACAUUUUAAAUAAAACAAAUGUUUUCAAAAAUCAAA